CAACGCUCGCUCAUCGCCGGUGCCCGAAGCGUCGCCGCCGCGCGCUGCCGAGCCCCUCCGACCCGGCACCGCCGCCCUCAAGCGACGAGUUGGCACUAUGGCUCGCAAAAUCCCAGGAAAGCCCCCGCACAAGGGUGCUAGGACUAGGGCUAAGGCUUUUGUGGAGUGUUCUGGAAAGGAAAAGGGUAAGAAGAACCUUAACAAGAUGGUGGAGGUGGACACAGCGUUUGUCCUUGAGAAACGUGGAACUGAUGAAAAAGCCCUGCGUAAGGCUUCUGAUGUCAACAUGCUCGUAGAGCUGUGCAGUGAGAAAAAGGCAGCUUCUGGGGGGGGAACUGAAAAGUUUGUCACUAUCAUUCCACGCUUUAAACUUAGGCGGGGUGGCAAAGUUUACAGAAUUGAGUUCCUUCGGAAGCGCCUCAUGAAGAUCCUGCUGACCAUGAAUGAAGAUUAUGAAUGAAGUCCCGGAGAGAAAAAUGCUCUAGAUGUUCCCAUCCUUUAUGUACUGUUAAAAGACUUGCGGCUGUGAGACUAAGAGACAGAUCACUUAGAAGUACUGUUUGGCUUAUGUGGUUUUAUUACUGUCGUUUAGUUACUGCUGUUGGGUAACGUGACAAGCUACAUCUUAGUUGAUGAUAAAUGUUGCCUCCCGGCCGACAGAUAAACAUUGCCUGGUGAAGUGUGAAGUUCAUGCUGAAAGAACUUAUCUGUUUCGUAUAUGUUGGUUUGAAAUAUCUGUGGGUUGCGUACUUUGAUAUAUGAUGAUGGUUUGAAUUA